GGCAUUUCGUUAGUUCGUAUUGAUUAUGCACCAUAUGGUCUCAACCCACCUCAUACUCAUCCUAGAGCAACUGAGGUUCUUGCUGUACUCGAGGGCACUCUCUAUGUCGGUUUUGUCCUUUCAAAUCCCGGACCAAAUAUGAAGAACAAACUCUUUACAAAGAUUCUAAAACCUGGAGAUGUGUUUGUUUUCCCAAUAGGUCUCAUUCAUUUCCAAUUUAAUGUGGGAAAGACUAAGGCUGUUGCAUUUGCUGGACUCAGUAGCCAAAAUCCAGGAGUUAUCACUAUUGCUAAUACAGUUUUUGGCUCAGAUCCACAAAUUAAUGAUGAUGUUCUCGCCAAAGCGUUCCAAGUUGAUAAGAAAGUGAUCGAUUAUCUCCAAUCACAAUUCUGGUGGGACAACAACAACUAAAUUUAUACAAGCCGAAUAAUACUAUGAUGUUAUUAUUUAUGCUUGUUUUUGGAAUUUAAGAAAUUAUAAAUAAAAUUCAGGAUCUAGUCCUUUGGAUUGGUUUUCCUUGAUCUUUUGUAUUGGAUGUACUAAAGGACAAAUUUUUUACAGUUUGUUUUCGUAUAAGUUAUAUUUAUCGUU